CAGGAACGGUAUACUUUUGCGUGCUCUGUACAGCAGUCAGGCGCAAGGGAGCUUGUAGCUUGCCAGCCCCCUUCUGUCUAGAGUCGUCGCAGCUUCUCCGCCUUUGGCUCCAGUUCGGCGAUUCCGCAAUGGCAGUCGCUUGACGUCCAGCAAAAGCGUUGAGGACAGAAGCAUAGCCGACAUCAUGGCCUCCUGUAUUAUGCUCCUUCGUCGUCCUUUGCUUGCUUCCAAGCUCCCAAGAGCUUUCUACGCGACACCCGCCAUGACCCGAUCAGAGCAUACUUCCAGCUCUUACCUCGUCACGCCAGCAGAAUUGAGCGAGGCACUCAAGAAGAACGCUCCAUCUCGUGUGUCGACGGCUCCGAGAACGAUUGCAGUAUGCGGUUCAUGGUUUCUACCCAAUGAUCCCGAAAAGAGGACUGGAUAUCAGGUGUUUCAGAAGGGACAUAUACGUAAAGCGCGAUUCUUCGAUCUGGACAAGGUCGCAGACACUUCAUCGCCAUAUCCGCAUAUGCUCCCGAGUCCAGAAGUGUUCAGAGAUGCUGUGAGCGAGCUUGGAAUCAAGAGGGACGAUACUGUGGUGGUGUACGACACGGCUGAGCUGGGUAUCUUCUCAGCUCCUCGUGUGGCAUGGACAUUCAAGGUGUUUGGUCAUCCUGCUGUGCACAUCUUGAACAACUUCAAGUUGUGGGUUGAGCAAGGAUACCCAACGGAGGAGGGCGAACAGAGGCAAUUUGACAAGACGGAAUACCCAUUACCUGAGCUGGACAAGAGUAGGGUUGCUGCAUUCGAAGAAGUUCGUGAGAUCGCGCUAGAUCACAACAAGGAGGGUCAUGAGGAUGUUCAGAUCCUCGACGCUCGGUCUGAGGGUCGAUGGAAGGGUGUUGAUCCAGAGCCUAGACCAGGCCUAUCUUCUGGACAUAUGCCCGGCAGUCUUCCUGUUCCUGUGCCAGUCCUGCUCGAUCCCAAGACCAAGACAUUUCUGUCGCCAGAUGAGCUUCGCAAGGUGUUCUCGGAGCGAGGUGUGGACCCAAGCAAGCCGAUCGUGUCGAGUUGCGGAACUGGUGUGACGGCGACGAUCAUCGAUGCAGCACUGAGUGAAGCCGGAUAUGGUGAUGGAAGCAGAAGGAUCUACGACGGCUCGUGGACCGAGUGGGCACAGAGAGUGCGGCCUAGUGACAAUCUGAUCAUCAAAGAGAAGAAUUGAAUUGACCAAAAUGGAGUCCCUCGAAGGGACAAGGCAUCGGUUGAGAUCUCCCAGUGAGGUGGCCAGGGGACAUAGCGGUCUGCCGAACAGUCGCGUGCAAGGUCGCCAAUGUACUCGGCAAGUACAGUGGCGGGCGUUCGGUAUGGUAGUGCGAUGCGCCUUGAUGGAGCGUGUGACUGAAUACUGUACGUUGUUUGACUUCUACUGCAAGUUGAUUUGGCGAGGGAAGUAACAGUAAGAUAUCCUGAAUGUACCCAUCUGCUUCUGAACUUUGCCAUCAGAUGAACCGCACCUGAUAUGCUCGCCAACGUGUCUGAGCAAGCAAGAUUACUAAACAGUUAUCAAGCCAGCCAGUUCUCAUCGCUCGGCGCCUCGAGGUAAACAAGAAAGCAAUUGAGAGAAACAUUCAGCACACACCGGUAUUCGAACCCCUGACCUGCGCGAACUUUGCGCCAGAACAGC